CGGAGGAGGGAGCCGGGAGCCUGGGCCGGCAAGGCUGACGGUGCGGAGACGGCCGCGGGCCGUCGUCAUGCGCGAGGCCGGGGUGGGUACGGGCGCGUCGGACGGACACGGGCCGGGAGCGCCGGAGGCGGAGUUGCUGCCCUUCCUGGCGCCCGACGCGCGGGCGGACCUGCAGGCGGCGGCGGCGCGGCACGUGCUGGCGCUGACCGGCUGCGGGCCGGGCCGCGCGCUCCUGGCCCGGCAGGCAGCGCUGCUGCGGGCGCUGGCCGAGCUGGCGUCGGCCCGGGACCCGGAACCGGCCCGCGACGCCGCCCGCGCACUCGUGAACCUGGCCGCCGACCCCCGCCUGCAUCCGCCGCUGCUGGCGGCCGACCCCGAGCUGCCUGCCCGCCUGCUGGGCCGCGCGCUGGACCCACAGUGGCCUUGGGCCGAAGAGGCGGCCGCCGCGCUGGCCAACCUCAGCCGCGAGCCAGCGCCGUGUGCCGCGCUGAUGGCGGCGCUGGCGGCCGCGGAGCCGGCGGGGUCGGGCCUGGAGCGGCUGGUGAGCGCGCUGUGCACGCCCGGCUACAACGCCCGCGCGCCCCUGCAUUACUUGGGGCCGCUGCUCUCCAACCUCAGCCAGCGGCCUGCGGCGCGUGACUUCCUGCUGGACCCCAACAGGUGCGUGGUCCAGCGGCUGCUGCCCCUUACCCAAUACACAGACUCCUCGGUGCGCAGGGGAGGGGUGGUGGGGGCGCUGCGGAAUUGCUGCUUCGAGCACCGACACCACGAGUGGUUGCUUGGGCCUGAGGUGGACAUUAUCCCCUUCUUGCUACUUCCCCUGGCUGGGCCUGAGGAUUUCUCUGAGGAAGAGAUGGAACGGCUGCCCGUUGACCUGCAGUACCUGCCGCCAGACAAGCAGCGAGAGCCUGAUGCUGACAUCCGUAAGAUGCUUAUUGAAGCCAUCAUGCUGCUGACAGCCACAGCGCCUGGUCGGCAGCAAGUACGGGACCAGGGCGCCUACCUGAUCCUUCGUGAGCUGCACAGCUGGGAGCCAGAGCCUGAUGUGCGAGUGACUUGUGAGAAGCUCAUCCAGGUGCUUAUUGGGGACGAGCCAGAGCCUGGCAUGGAAAACCUGCUGGAGGUGCAGGUGCCCGAGGAUGUGGAACAGCAGCUGCAGCAGCUGGACCGCCAGGAGCAGGAGCAGUUGGAGCAAGAGCAACAGGAACUGGCGCUAGAGCUGGCGGGGCAGGGUCACACCACCUGAGGCCCUGCGGCUCAGCACCAGCUCCAGGCCCACCUUGCACACUUCCUGGACCAGUCCUGCCUGCAGCUGCCCACAGACCCUGCUGAGAAGCAGCACACAGAAGCUUACACUUAGGCCCAGUUUGUGCUGGCAGUUCCACCGUGAAUGCCCAGUAAACACUGGAGGGUUGAGGGCACCUCCCAGCCCUGAGCCCUGUUGCUACCAGCAAGAACUCAGGUUGUUCAGAGCAGCACCAUCAAGCCAGAGCUGGCCAGGCCCUGUGACUCAGCUGCCUCCACAUGAGGUGGAGAUCACAGGCGGGUGGCCAGAGGGACCCUGAGGAGCCUCUUCCCAUGCCCAGUGGUAGUGCUGGACAGAAAAACAUUGCAAGCCCUGAGGAGCUGGUUGGAGCUUUCUGAUCCUAAGGGCACUGCAGGGUCUGGGCACAGUCAACCUAGGUGCAAGCACUGCCCUCUGCUAUCAGCCCGAGGCACCGCUGCUGACCCUGCUGGAGACUGGGCCUCAAAGGGCUAACCCAGCCACACCCUGGUCCUAGGAUUCUCCUAGGCCUGCCCCCCUGGCCCAUCCUUGAGCACUCACUGGGCACUGCUUCCCUUGUGUUCUCUGCCCCUUCCUGCUUGGCCUGUGCCCAGGGUCCUGCCCUCACCCCUCAUCAGCUCCCUGUGUGCUCCUGGUUCCCAGUUCUGGGUUGAACUGGCACUCUCACCAGUCCCUUGAGCCAGGUCGCCUCCUUGGGCCUUGGCUGUUCUUCAAGACACUCAGACCCUCCUGCUCCUGGGGCCCCUUGCCUACGUCUGCAGAGAGGCUCCUGGUUGUGCCUGCAGCCUCGUGCCCUGCCCGUUGGAGCCCACUGUGGGCCCAGGAGGCUUAUCUGCUUUUUCCUGGCUCCGUGUUCACCCCCCACCACCCCCAUCCUGCAGCUGCCAUGGCAUCUCUCACCUACUGUCUUCCCUUUCCUGAGCUCUCAUCAGACCUCACUGCCACCUUCUGCGCUGGGCUCCUGGUGCUGGUCCCUCCCCUCACCAAUGGGCCCUCCCAGGCCCUACACCCUGAUGAGGGAGCUGUGUGGCUUCCCGUUCACAGUGCCCCAUGCAGAGCCCUGAAGCUGAAGGUCCCUUCCCCCUUGUGCUCCCUGCCAUGGCUGGGUGUUUCAUUGGGUGCCAGGCAUCUCCCUUCUCCGUGGUCCCCUCUAACCCACCCCCAUUAAAGCUCUGAUGCUCCA